GUGUCUCGUCAGUUCGGGAUUUUGUACUGGGGGUCCGCAUUAAAGGUGGCGGGGAGAAUCAUUUUUUCCCCUACGUUGUGACAUUACAACUCGCUGGGAGGAGAAAUUGCUUCCUUGAGCUGUAGGUUUUGAGCUUGUAGAAACAGAAGUGAGUGUAUACUGACCAUGGUUCCUCAUCCCUUGCCCUCCUUUUAGUCAGACCAUAGCAUAAAGACUCUUCCAAGCCUUCCCCCGCGCCCCGCCCCCAGGGGCUGCGCAGUCUUUGCUAAUUUGCUCUGGGUCCUCCAGAUGGGGAAUGGUUCUGCGCGCUCCCUCCGAUCCCCAGGACCUUAGGGAGUUGGAGGUAAUUUGAGUCUUGGCGAUUUCUGGCCAAUGACCGCAUUCUACGGAUGAGGGUUGAAAGGGGCUAAGACGCGCGUCUUUUCCAGCUCUCUAGGAGCGGGAGGGAAGGGCUUUAUUUGUCUCCUGCGAGUGCGAGGAAGGCACCUAUGCGCUGACCCUCUCGCGCCUACUUAUUCCUGGUCCCGUGGAAUUGGAGUUGGAGCAUCACGCGGCAAGUGGGCCGAGUGCUGCUGGCACCGCUGGGAGCUUCCUGGGGCGCUCGCUACCUCUCUUGCUCUUACUCUGGAGAAGCCUCGUGCUGAAGCAGCUACUGCCGCCGCUGCGGUGCACGGCCAUCACCCUUCUGGACACAGCAUGGCCCUCCAGCCUGGAGCAACCAAGGCCGUUUCCUGCGAGGAAUGUAAUUCUGAAUGUUCUAUAGGAUGUAGUGGAACAGGAGAACCAAAGCAAAUGGCAGGGACUUUUAAGGCUAAAGAUCUAAUCAUCACACCAGCAACCAUUUUAAAAGAAAAACCAGACCCAAAUAACCUUGUGUUUGGGACUGUUUUCACGGAUCACAUGUUGACAGUGGAAUGGUCUUUGAAUUUUGGUUGGGAAAAGCCCCAAAUUAAGCCUCUUGAGAACUUGUCAUUACAUCCUGGUUCAUCUGCUCUUCACUAUGCAGUUGAAUUAUUUGAAGGAAUGAAGGCAUACCGAGGAGUAGAUGAAAAAAUACGUCUUUUUCGACCAAACCUCAACAUGGAUAGGAUGCUCCGAUCUGCAAUAAGGGUAACUUUGCCUGAAUUUGACAAGGAAGAACUUUUAAAGUGUAUACAAGAACUUGUGAAAUUGGAACAGGAAUGGGUUCCACACUCAACAUCAGCCAGCCUGUAUGUUCGCCCUACUCUCAUUGGCACUGAGCCUUCCCUUGGAGUAAAGAAGCCAACCAAAGCCCUACUUUUUGUAAUUCUGUGUCCUGUGGGACCUUACUUUGCAAGUGGAAGCUUUAAUCCAGUAUCUCUAUGGGCCAAUCCGAAGUACGUAAGAGCCUGGAAGGGUGGAACUGGGGACUACAAAAUAGGAGGAAAUUAUGGUGCUUCCAUAUUUGCACAAAAUGAAGCAUUACAUUAUGGGUGUCAACAAGUUCUUUGGCUCUAUGGAGAAGAUCAUCAGAUAACUGAAGUGGGAACCAUGAACCUUUUCCUAUACUGGAUAAAUGAAGAUGGAGAGGAUGAACUGGCAACUCCACCACUAGAUGGUAUCAUUCUUCCAGGAGUGACAAGGCAAAGUAUCCUAGAUCUGGCACACACAUGGGAUGAAUUUAAGGUGACUGAAAGGUACCUCACUAUGAAUGACUUAAUAGUUGCUCUAAAAGAAAACAGAGUAAAAGAGAUGUUUGGUUGUGGUACGGCUUGUGUUGUUUGCCCAGUUUCUGAUGUACUAUACAAGGGUGAGAAUAUUCAUGUUCCAACUAUGGAGAAUGGCCCUAAGCUUGCCACACGUAUUUUAAAUCAACUUACUGACAUCCAGUAUGGAAGAGAAGAGAGUGACUGGACAAUCUUGGUGUCUUGAGUGAAAAAUACAGAAGAUGUCAUCUGUACAUUAUUGGGACAAGCUACUGCAUUUGAAUUGUGAUAGAUUUGUUUGAUUACCAGUUUAUAGCUGUGUGUAAUGCAUUGUGUAUUGUCUUUGUGUUCCUGGCCAGAGAAUAGAAAUAACAAUCAUGUUACUUUCUUCAGUAAGUUUGCUAGUAGAUGCUUACUUUGUUGUAGUAAGUAGUUAAGAUGUAAGCCAUAUAAUGUAGAACUUUUCCUUACAACUUUUAGUGCCUCCUUUAGUGGCCUUAUCUUUACUCAUGAUUUAGAAUGGAUUAUACUCUUCCUCCUUUACCUCUUUGACAUUUUAUUUACCAAACAAGACUUGAAUGAUGAAAAACUGGUUUAGAUGAAUUUUGUCAUUAAUGUUCUUUAUGCAUCCUCAGCAUUUUUGUGAUGCUCUUUUCCUCUGUGACUGUCAUUUUUCUCUUUUUUUUUGAGAUGUUGGAACAACUGAGUUUGCUCUCUGCUCUUAUUCUUGGGUUUCUCAGUUCAUAUUACAAUGAAUUUCCCUCUGGCACAAGGGUUUUGCUUUGCUUCUCUCUUCCAUGCCAUAGAAAUGUUGCCACAGAGGAUAAUGACAUGAUAUCUCUGCUUAUUUCUGGAUCUAAAAUAUCAUUCAUAGGCUUCUGUUAGUCCCUUAUGCUUGUUUGCCUUUAUUGCAUAUUUACAUGGGGGUUUCCCUAGGGAGACUUCAGUUUGCAAAACUCACUGUUAUUAUACCUGGAGGCUCAGGGGAUUUUCAUUAGUAUCCCUGCUAAUAAUAUGCACUGUAAUUCAUUUUAUUACUUAUUCUCCCUCCAUGUUUUUAGUAUAUCUACCUACCUGCCAUGUGCCAAUACUUAGAUACAAAACACUUGUAGCUAAAAGACAUUGAAAAUUGAUUUUUUUGAACUUCUAAAUUUCUCUAUAAAGUAUUAGGUCCCUUGGGGACUUCCUUUGAAGUUCCUCCAACUUCUUAGAGAAUUCACUCUCCCUUCUCUUUAAAGAUUUCUUUAAAUUUCAUAGUAGCCUCUACUCUUUAAUGACUAAAACAAUUAUGUAAUUUUACUGAAGAACUGAAUUAUCAAUGAAAACUGUGAAAGAGGGUUUUGGGACUACAUUCUUUUUAAAAUAGGCUAUAAGCACAGAACAGUAUUCAAUUUCAUAGCAGUAUGAUUGUGUGUCUUAUCUUUAUAUAAUUUAAACUGGUUAACUGGCAUUUGUGUUUGAUUCUUAUUGUUAGUAUAUUUAUUUCACAUUGUUUUAAUUUCUGAUGGUCUACUGAAUCGCCAGCCUGAAGAGAUAACCCAAAGACACACAACAAGAUAGAGGAAUUAUUCUGAUAUUGACUUGUGCCUUGAAAGUAGAGACAAAGCUAUAAGAAAUAGUUGUGAUUUUCUAGUGAGUGAAAUAACAGUGAAUAGCACAAAAUAUUUACUCAUUUUUAGGUUUCUAGCUAUCAGAAGAUGGAAUGAUCUGCUCUGAUUUAAUAGCUCCUCUUUGCCUCAAAGCAGAGGCUAGAGAGAGAGAGGACGAGUGUGUGUGUGUGUGUGUGUGUGUGUGUGUGUGUGUGUGUGUGUGUGUGUGUGUGUUUAUGUGCGAAAUUCUAGAGUCAAGAAAGAUGAUGAAAAUGUUCUUCACUGGACUUUUAUAAAUGACUUGUUAUCUUGGAAGAUACUACCUAAUUCAGGUCUUGCUCCUAAGAAUCUGAUUCCCAUAGUUAACCAUGUCUCUUACCAUUUAAGCAUGUAUUUUUCUCUCAGUAAAUCUUUGACCUCACUUCAGAAAUGAUAACCCAAGCCUGACAUUGGAUCUGGCUGUUGUCUUCUAAAAAAUAUUUUUGUAAUGCUAUCAAUAUAAUUGUUUUCCUUUGGAAUCCUAUGUAUUUUAUUUUGUGCAUUAAAAACUUUAUUCUAAAAAGGGGUCCACAGGCUUUACCAGGCUGCCAAAGGAGUCCAUUACACAAAAACCUCUGCUCUUGGGAAAAGGAAGGAUUUUACUACUUUUGUAAGAAAUGCCCAUUGUAAAAGGAAAUGACAUUUUCCACAUGUGGCUUCCAGAACUAUUAUUUAGGGCCAUCUCAUAUUUUUUCUGCUAUACUUAGUCCUUUAGGAUAUAAUUUAGAGACAGUGUUUUAAGGUCUACAAUACAUUUCCCUCACACAAACAUUGUGAAGUACAUAAAACACGUAUUUUUUAUCUGCAUUUUACAGUAAGAGAGGUUAAGUGUCUUCUCCAGUUCACCUACUACUGUCAAAAGCAGGAAUUGAACUCAAGAUCACCUGAUUGCAAGAUCAGUACCCCAUCUGUAAAAUCAUGAUGACUCUCAGCUUAUGGUGGGAACAUCAAGGAAGUUCAUUUUAGAUAGAACAUAUAAUGUUUCCUACCACUUUAAUCAAAGCUAACUAUACUACUAACUUGUUAAAUGAAUUUGGAAAGAACAUCUGCACAUCUCUUUUCCAUGUGCCCUAUUUGUCUAAUUGUAGCAGAUUAAUAUAGCAAGAGAGUAGCACAUUAUAACUAGGCAAUUAUCCAUUUUUCAACAGUUAGUUGUAGUAACACUAAUUGAUCAUUUAAGACAUAAAAUAAUCUAACAUUAGGAACAUGUGAGGCUAAUCUGCUCAAAAAGAUCAACAAAUUAAUACUGUUGCUGAUAUUUGCAUAAUUGGCUACAAUUAUUUAAUGUUUAAUUGGGUUGAUCAAAUGAAAUUCAGGAACUCACUUGAGUAUGCAUAUAAACAGAACAGAACUGAUGGCACUUAAAAUGAUAAUGAUUAAUUGUACAUUUUCUUUUUUCCUCUACUUUAUUGAGUUAUUAUAUUUAGACCAAAUCUAUCCAUAGCUUUUUGGAUAAUAUUUUUAAAAUAAGCCUUAUAAAUUUGCAAUAAAUGUCCACUGGAAGUUAAAUAUUAUCAGAUAGAUAUCUACUAAAAUUGAAUUAUCUUUUAAAUAGAAUUUAAACCACAUCUGGCAUCAGUAAUUUUCUUUGACAGAUUCUUUUUUUAAAAAGUAAAGUUGUGCCGAAUUAAAGAAAGAGAAACCAGAUCACACAUUCCUGAGCUGGGAUAUAGUAUUGAUCUGUCUGAAUGAAUAAAUGAAAGUGAUCAAUUUCAACUUUAAAAGCAGCUAGAAAAUUUAAAGAGUGGAAUGAGUCACUAUAGAAAUGACUCGGGAACUUUGGCAAGGAAUCUUUAUUCCCACCUUUGGGAGUAGUGCAGUGUAGGAAGUAUUCCCUGGACUUAAGAUCAGGAGACCCAGGCUGUAAUCUCAUUCUUUUCUAAACCAGAUCUACUUCCCUAGGCACCAACAUCUUCAGAAAAAUUCAGACUUGAUAUAUUUCUUGGUCCUUCUAGCUUUAAGAUCCAAAAAAAUUCUGUUUCUUAAGUAUUGUUGGGUUUUUAGUUUUUUACUCCUACGAGCAUAACACAGUGAUGUGAACAUAGUAAGUAGUAAGUGUUUCUUGAUGUGAAUUAUAAAAGAAGAGAUACAUUGUUACUGAAUAUCAGGAGGAUCCCUCCAACCCCCCCUCCCCAAGCAAUUGGUAAUAUCAACUUUGUGAUGAAAUGCAAUUUAGCACAUAAGAAAACAAGAAAUAAACAUCACAAUCCAGUGUUAAAAACUAUGAUAAGUUGGAGGCUUGCUUUAAUUUUUGUACCUAAAAAUAAUGUAUGUUGGCUCAUAGAGGUAGGAUAGUCUUUCAUACCUGAAAUUAUGUCAUUUUGGGGGCAGAGAACUUGCUAGAAUAAUUUUAGUUUUAAAUAUAGCACACUAUCAUGGCAGGGAGUUAGACAGCCCUUUAGACAUUUUUAAAAUUAAGUAAAAAUAUUUAUUUUCUAAAUAAAAAAUAUUUAUUUCUUCAUCCCAUUGAGCAUGUUAAACUUGUAUUCAUUUUCCUUAAACAGUUUUUCUUUAUAUCCCUGAAAGAGGUUAUAAUUGUAUCUCAUAGGUAUAGAAAAGUAUAUAAGCAGAAAACAAACUACUUUUGUUCUUUAACAAAUAGAUGGAAAUUUUUUGAAUUGUUUUCUGAAGCCUUUGGUGUCUUUUAUGCAAUAGAUAUAUUGACUUCCUUGAUUCAAAGUUUCCUUACUGUCUGAAAAUGAGGUUUCUUAGGAAGUAUGUUGCAUCAAUUUAAUAUGACUCAGAAGAAUUAAAGCAUUUUAGUAUUAAACAAUCAAGAACUGAUAAAUCUUAUGCCACACUACUUUGUCAGUAGUUAUUGGAAGCAUUGCCAAUGGUCCUUUAUUAUAUAUACAUGAAAUGUGUUGUAGUAGUAUUCUCAUUGGAGAGCUAAGUUGAAUUUCACAUGCAAAAUGUUACCUGAAAAUGACAUACCCCAGAGACUAUACAUUAUGGAAGGAGCUUUUUUAACAUUAAGUCACUUGGAAAAUGAUAGGUGAAAAAUUAAUUUUAAAACAAACUUGAGAAAUCUUUCUGUCUUGAAGAACAGUUCUUCAGGAUACUAUAAGUUUGAAUCUUUUUCAUUAUUGCCAAAGAAACUCUUUUUUGAAAAUCAUUGCUGAUCAACCAGGAAGUUUUAGCUUUGUUUUCAUUCUUCAAUAUGCCUUAAAGUACUCACUUCAACACAUUACUCAUUGGAUUCUUUCCUUAUUUAGCUUAAUAAGGAAACAUACUAAGGCUCAAGAAAUAGAAAUGUUCACCUGGAAUCCCCGAGCUCCUUUUUUUUUUUUUCUGAGAGGGGCCAGUCAGAUCAGGUUAUUUCUCAUUUAUAUUUGGUUCUUUGGUUUCUAGUACUAGCAUCUCCAUUAUUAACAGGACUUAACAGUUGAAUAGUUUACUACACAUGUUAAUAACAUUUUGAAACUCUUGUCUCCAAGAUAAAGUGCAGAUUCUGAUUCACAAGGUAAAAAUGCUGGUGUGGAUUAGGUUGUCAUUUUGUUCAUUGGCAGAUCUUUCCAACCUUUUUGGUGUAGAUGGGAUAGUAAGACCUAAUUAAUUCCUCAUGGCCAAGGCUUCAGUGGAUGAAUUAUUUCUUAUAAUUUGUAGAGAAAGAAAAAAGAUAUGAAAAAUAUUCAGUGGCAGACUAAAUGUGAGAAUAAAAGAGGAAGGGAUAUGAAUCAGGCAGCAACCACAAAUAUUUCAUUCUACUUCUUUUCUAUCGAAGGAAAAACUAUAUCUCUCCCUCUGCUGUAUCCUUGUCGUCUGCCACUCUGAAACUAAGGCUAGUCAUAGGUGCCAAAUAGAAAGAGUGCCAAUGAUUAUGUGUUUUUAAGAAAGUGCUUCUUUUAUUUUUUUGAAUUAGAAUGAGCUCAGAAAUAUUUUGUGACGGGGACUGUGGCAAUUUUGUCUUUUAUUCCCAAUGCCUCAUGUAAUGCUGAGCAUAGACCAGACACUUAAUAAGUGUUUACUCAAUUGAACUAAAUUGUUGGGACAUUACUUUGGACAACUAGAGAUCUGACCUGGAUUUGAUCCUAGAGAUUUAAAAAUCCAAAGCCUUAAAAAAAAUUAAAAAAACAACAAAACUAUUGUAUGUACUAUCAAUUCUUAAGCAAUCUUUUCUCUUCCAGGUUUUCUUAAUACAAAUUUCUUUGAGGCAGAGGAAAGUUAGAAGGACAAGAAUCAAAUCAUUAUUUAUUGUAGAUCUUAUCUGUUCCUUAGAUUGAAAGGUUACUUUGAAUGCUUUGGGAAUUAGAUGGAUAUUCUAGUUUCAUUUUUAACUGUGAUAUUAAAUAUCUAGUUAUGUUAUAUAGCUACAUAAAAACAAAUACCAGUUUUAAGAUAAAUGUAGGAAUCUUCUUCAAGCAAUGCUUCACUGGUACCUUGCCAAGAUUGUAGGGAAUACUAUUAAACUAGAUUUUAGAGAGUAAGGUGGCUAGUCUCUGCGCAUAUAUCAAGUUACUCUAAAGAUGUUCCUCUAGUGAAUUGAAAGAAUAGAUUCAAUGUAUAGAUAGAUUCAUCUCAUUUAUAUCAUUGUCCUCACUUAUAUUUUGGAAUUAUAUGUACUUAUUUGAUAAUGGAAAGUUGAUACAGAGAAAUAGGUUCCAGCAGAUGUACCCUGUCCCAGAAAUCACUGAAGUUUAGGAACAUGGAAAAGUUAGCUAAAAAUAUACUUUUGGGACCUUUUUUUCUUGCAUCUGAAUCUGAUUAUAGCUGCCACUAGAGUAAUAAAAUCUGAUUACUAGUGUCUUAUUUCCCAGUUUAUGAGGUAACUUGUUCUGUACUAGUUUGUGAAAUCCUCUUUAAGUAAGAAAAAAUGGUAAUUCAAUAGAUAUAAAGAAAUAUUCUGUUAGACUUAUGUUUUCAUAAAUGUUUGAGCUGAUGUUAUCUUAUAAGGAUUCAGAUACACUAAAAGCAUCAUAAUAACAGCUAUAUGGAAAAUAUAGUGGGUAAAGUAAAGGAAACUCUACCUCAUUCUUUAAAGGUUUUGUAGAAGCACAAUUAAACUCUUAAUGGCUUUGUUACACAUGAACCAUCUGGUGUGAAUGAACACUUUAUAUUUGUAUGUCUAAAGAACCUGUAAUUGUAUUUUGCUGGCAAUAGAUGCAUUCUUUAUUGUUUGCAUUUUCCUCAUCCAAUAUGUAAUUAUGCAGUGUUUCUCUCUUCAAUAAAACACUUUAAUGGA